AUGGCGGAUGAUGGCAGGCAAACUACGAAAAUCGCACCCAUGCGGCGGCUCCGGCGGUGCGCCAAUGUGGAUGUGGUUAAGUCGUCGACGAAGGAGUACAGGAGGACAGGAGGACACUCCCUCUGGGGAGCUGGGGAAUUGUCAGCACCUUUGGAAGCGGAACCACCCCACACGUACGCUCGUUCGCCUAAUAAUCACGUCCCGUGGAAGCUCAUUAAAUUCGAAGUGAUAGUGAUAGUGAUUACCCUUCCACCCCAAAAGUAUUACGUGGCCAAUCUGGAUAGCCAGGAAGAUGCUUACUCCGAUGUGUCCUCUACUGCGAAAAUCAUGGCCAGCGGAUCUCGAGGGCUUGCCAACGAAUUCGAUUUUACCAAGCUUUGCGAGACUUUUACCGAGAUCUGCCCCGACUUUUGCCAUUCCUCGGAAUCGGAGGUUCUGGAAAGUUUGGACUUUGCCAAUCGAGUGUUAUUCGAACUGGGUCCCACGAUGCGCCAGCUGAAGCAGACUGGAAGGGAUCAGAUGUGGCGCCUGGUCUUCAAUGGCGGCGGCAGCGUCUAUAUCUACACGUACUCGUUCCAGAAGCCGAUCUCUGGCCAGCCACGCCUUGGCGGCGGAAAGCUUUACCUGACACUGAAACAGGCCGGGCUGCUGGCAGCCAGCAGAUUCUGUUCCCUUCUGCCGAUGCAGCACAAUCCCCGGGACAAGAUUCUGCUGACCCCGUUGGCAAGGGCCGUCUUUGAUCCAUCGCAUAUUUCGAAAAUUGCCAGUGCCCUGAGCACGCUCCUUUGCCGGACCAUUGACCCUGGCGAUGUGGUCCGGGCUGUGGUCAGCAGCUGCCAGAGCGAUGGCUUCCACCUGCAGCAUAGUCAGAGUCACAUUGCUUUGGUGGCUGUGGGUGCCACAACCCGUGACUUGUCGGAUCGCAAAAAACUGCGCAAGAAGACCAUUAAGCAGUAUAUUAACUAUGGCAAGGCCUUCGAUAUUAAUCAAUACAAGAUAUACACUCGGUUUUCCAAGAUGAACGCUCAGAUUGCCGCAGAGCAUCCGAUUCCAGAUCCUGAUCCUCCCAAGGUGAAGCAACCUGGUCGUAAUCGCAAUGUGAGCGGUGUGCUGAGCUCCAUUGCCAGGUCCAUCGAUGAUCCACUGAGUGGCGAGACCAUUGAAAUGAAAUUCAAGGCACCAAAUUCGGAGAAGCGAACUGCAGUGGAGGGUAUGGCCACGGCAAUGGAUGUCCGUCUGGAAGGCACAAGCAUGGAGCGCAUGAGAAGCCACCUUUUGAAGGAUUCGAAGUAGGUGAUGACCCCAUCGUUGCCGUCUGCUGGUGGCUGAUAAGACUAUAGAACUACCCUGCAGUUAUGGAUAUAUUCUUCUUUUCCAUAUAUUUUUAAGGACCUUAACUGAUUGGGAUUUGUUGUGGUUUCUUCAUGCUACGAAUGAACCUAAUAUUUAACAACUAAGAGUUUAUUUUAUAUAAAACUCAUUAAACAUAAAACCAAUCCCAGGCAGUUUAAUAAAGUCCUGCUAUAAUGUAACCCAAAUAACUAUUAAAAUAUUCCAAUUCUUCUA